UGAUCAACCUAAGUAACCAUUUCUUCCUUAUAUUCUGAUAGAGGAGAACUUUCUACGCCCCUUGCUGCAGCCUGCACACAACCGGUUUUUCCAGCUAAAUCAGAGAAGUAAGCUUUUGCACUACUCGUCGACCAUGAAAUCCUCACUUCAGGAACUUGUUCUUGGAAUACCAAUAAGCUCGGCAGCAUACAAAGUUGAUAGGUCACCAAUAAAGGGAUACUUACCUGAUCCUGCUAACCAAUGCAAUAUUUCAUCACUUAAAGGUAGUGCAGAUACAGUGCUUAAUAGAAAGAACAAGUCGGGGAAAAAUGGAGCCAGUUUUGCACUUGGAGUCCGAGAACAUGUGAGAAUAGGGCCCAAAAUCACUGAAACAGUGAAAGGAAAGUUGAGCUUGGGGGCUAGAAUUCUUAAAGUAGGUGGUGUGGAGAAAAUAUUCAAGCGGUUUUUCAGUGUUAGAGAAGGAGAGAAGUUACUGAAGGCUUCCCAAUGCUAUUUAUCAACCACAGCUGGUCCUAUAGCAGGCCUCCUCUUUAUUUCCACAGAUAAGAUUGCAUUCUGCAGUGAGAGAUCAAUCAAAAUCUCUUCUCCAAAUGGCGAGAUGAAAAGAAUCCAUUACAAGGUCAUGAUUCCACUUAAGAAAAUAGAGAGAGUGAACCAAAGUGAGAAUGUAAAGAAGCCAUCAGAAAAGUACAUGGAAGUAGUUACUGUUGAUAAUUUUGACUUCUGGUUUCUGGGCUUCUUAAAUUAUCAAAAAGCUUUCAAGUAUCUUCAGGAAGCAAUUUCUCAAGCUUAGAGGAAUGGCUAGUAACUCAAAAAGAAGAAAUGUUAAUUUCCCAUCUACUUCUCAGAUGUACCAUAUACAGCUAGGAACUCUUUGUACAAAUCCAGGCAUUGUAUCGGUUUUUUUAAUGAUAAAAUGCUCUCUGAUUGUUCAACAUC